AUGACAAAUGAUAGUUCAAAUUCACAAUUGCUACACAAGCAGUCAGAUAAAUUGAGCGAACUCAAUUCAUCAACUUUAAGCUCAACAGUUUCAGGUGACAGUAAUUCUGAGGCUGAACAUGAACACACAUCUCAAAGUGACUGUGUUCUCAGCAAAACUACAUCAAAACAAAUUGAAGUGGUGCCUACUAAAUCUGAAGAGAGAAAAAGAAUAAGAUGCAAAGCUUGCAAUGAAAAUUCGGAUGUUGUUAAAAGGUUUUUCUACAGAGGUCGAAUUCCCCCCAUCUGCACAGGAACAGAAGCCCGUACUGGAACAAUAGCCACCCAUCUCAGAAGCGAAACUCAUAAAGAGUCUGUUAAGUUAAAUAGAAUCAAGGGGUUAUCUUCGUCUGAAAAAAAUACAAGCAAUACCCUUAUUCAAGAUAGCAAAUGCACAAACACACCUUCUCGCCAAUCGAAUCGGUAAAUUGAUAAUUCAGGUGUAUAACCAUGCAAAAAAUUUGUCAAUUUUCACCUUUUCUUGGCCAUCAAGAGUCGUAACUAGUGAAAUUGCUCACACUUUCGAUUAUAACAAUCCUUUUGAAGAGUAUGACGCAUCAGUAUUUGAUUUACAAUACGUCACACCAGCAAGUCAUCAGCAACUUUUGAAAAUUAUCGUGCUGGCCGACUUACCAAGAUUUAAAGAAGAAAUUGAUGAUUGUCUGGCAGCGUCCUUCUGUUGUGAUGCUUCAAUGGAUUGUACUAAAAAAGAUAACGAGUUCAUGUUGUUAUAG